AUGAUUUUGUUGUUCAAUAUUUUUCCCCUUAGUAUUAACUUAAAAAAACAAAAUAACUGUGCUUUUCUUUUUCUGCUAUUCAGAAUCUGUUCAACUCUCGAAUUCUAUGAUAUAUAUACUGAUUUGGCUCCAAUGUCUGAUUCGACGUACAAUAUCCACGAUCCUAAUCCGUACCUAAUAAUCUCUGAAUUUCAAUAUUGA